CCCUUUUAAUGACAUACCAUAUAUCUAUAUGUAUGUAUAUAUAUUAUACUAAUACUAUAAUAAAUCUUUGCUAAAUGGUAUUUAAAAAAUCAUGAUUCAUAUCAAUAGAAUAGCAAAACUUGUUGCUUGUUCUUGCAUGGUAUCUAUCUAGGCCAUUGUUGAGAGGAAAUGAUAUUAUAUUAUAUAUAUAUAACUUUGGUUCUAAUCUUCUAAGAUGCUUUCCUUAUUAAUAUGGUUAUAUUAUUUUUAUAAAUGGAAAUGAAUAAGAAUAUGUAUAACUUUGUCAAUAAACUAUUUUCUCGUGGAGGAAUAUCAUGGGUUUAGUUAGACUACAUAUAUUGUGCCACAUGUUAAUACAGUAGCCUUUAGUUGACUGACCUGGCCAGUAAGCUACACAUAGUUUUUUUUUUUUCAGUGUUUCCUCAUCCCAUUUUUGCAGUUAAGUUGCUUUGUAGGUUUCUGUUCUGGUUUUUGAUUUUUUGCAGUGCUUUAAUUAUGCACUUUGGCAUUGUUUGGGGAUACUAGUGACUCAAUGAAGAACCCCUUGUAACCAGUUAGUGUUGGACCUUGAUCAAGACUCCAAAUGCAGCUCACAGAUAAGGCUAUGGACGGGGUUGGAGGGCUCGGGCUUGCGGAGGGUCGUGGAUGGCUCGGUCUCACGAAGAGGUCAUGGGUCAAAACUUGAAAAGCAGGAAAACCUCGCUGAACCCAUUAUUUUCAUGUUGCUGAGGCAAAAUCUGGUCAAAGGGAAUAUGCAACUCUUUUCAGCGAAACAACAGAGAAGUCAAGCUCUGGAAGCUCAUGCUGCUGCUUUUGCACAAUUUAAAGGUCAAUAUAAGUCGACACUGGUUUGCCCAGCAUGUGGAAAGAUUUCAAUCACUUUUGAUCCCUUCAUGUAUUUUUCGUUGCCGCUACCUUCAACUGCAACUCGGCAAAUAACCGUGACUGUGUUUUACGGCGAUAGAAGUGGUCUUCCUAUGCCAUACACUGUUAGUUUGCUAAAGCAAGGUUGCUGUAAAGAUCUUAGUGAACAACUAAGUAAUGCUUGUUGCUUGAAUGGUGAUGAGAUUCUUCUGCUUGCAAAGUUCGAGGUGCAAGCCCAUUGAGAAGAACACUUUAUUAAAUUCCAGUAGAGUUGUAAAGGUAUAUUUGGACUGGACUGACAAAGAACACAACUUGUAUGAUAUCAGCUUUGUCAAGGAUCUCCGUGAGGUUCACAAGGCUGGGUUUACUGUGAAGAAAACUCGACCAGAAGCUAUUUCUUUGUUUACAUGCUUGGAGGCAUUUCUGAAGGAAGAACCUCUGGGGCUUGAUGACAUGUGGUACUGCCCCAGGUGCAAGGAACAUAGACAAGCUACCAAGAAACUAGACUUGUUGAUGUUGCCCGAGAUUCUUGUUUUCCACUUGAAAAGAUUCUCGUAUAGCAGAUACCUCAAGAACAAAUUAGACACGUCCUUGAAUUUUCUUAUUCAAGGCUUAUAUGUUGAAUAUUUAAGACUACUUGAAUACUUUAAGAACAUUUUGUUGUUGAUGACAGUGUUGAAUGUUUUAAAUUAAUUUAUGGAUUGUUAAUAUAAUGUUGAAUGUUUUUACUA